GGAAACGUAUCUUUUUUAUGCUAUGGUCUCUUCUUUAGAAGGCAGCUAUAGGGGGGAAAAGUGAACUCUUUACAUUUGAACUCCUAAAGGCAAAGAUUCUGCCCAUAGAAGGGCAUUGCAAUCACCCAUGGCUCCUCCAAUUUUCAAGGUAGUGGUAGCGCUGGGAUGUAUACUUCUGAUCACAAUUUCUCUCCUAUCCUCUGUUUUGGCACAAUCUAAUGCAUAUAUCAUUCACAUGGACUUGUCAGCCAUGCCUAAAGCAUUCUCUGACCACCAUAACUGGUAUCUAACCACUGUUUCUUCCAUAUCAGACACUUCCAAAACAACUUUCACUCCAAACUCUAAGCAUAUAUAUACUUACGCGAGUUCUGUCCAUGGAUUUAGUGCCAUUCUCACCAGUUCUGAACUUGAAAAACUCAAGAAAUCCCCUGGCUACAUUUCUUCUACCCGAGAUCGUCCUCUUAAAGUUCUCACAACUCACACGUCCCAGUUUCUUGGCCUAAGCUCAGUUUCCGGUGCUUGGCCAGCUACAAAUUAUGGUGAAGAUGUUAUUAUUGGUUUGGUUGAUACUGGAAUUUGGCCAGAGAGUGAGAGCUUUAGCGAUGAAGGAAUGACUGUAAUUCCUUCUAGAUGGAAAGGAAAAUGUGCAUCAGGCACUCGAUUUAAUUCUUCCUUGUGUAACAAGAAACUCAUCGGUGCUCACUUUUACAACAAGGGUCUGCUUGCAAACAAUCCUAAGUUGAAAAUUUCAGUGAACUCUCCCAGAGAUACAAGUGGACAUGGAACGCACACUGCGUCAAUCGCUGCAGGCAACUAUGUGAAAGGAGCGUCUUAUUUUGGUUAUGCCUCUGGUACAGCUUCAGGUAUGGCGCCUCGGGCUAGAAUAGCCAUGUACAAAGCAAUUUGGACAUAUGGGGUUUAUGAAUCUGAUGUUCUUGCUGCCAUAGACCAAGCAAUUCAAGAUGGGGUGGAUAUAUUAUCCUUAUCGUUGGCCUUCGCUUUAGAUGACAUCUUUUUGGAAGAUGAUUCAAUGGCAAUAGCCACUUUUGCAGCUAUGGAAAAGGGUAUAUUUGUAGCGGCUUCAGCUGGAAAUGAUGGUUCUCUAUAUUGGACAGUAGUCAAUGGAGCUCCAUGGCUGCUAACAGUUGGAGCAGGUACUGUAGACCGCGAAUUUGAAGGAAUUUUCACUUUAGGUGAUGGGAACCAGAUCAACUUCACCACAUUGUACCCGGGAAAUUCAUCUCUAAUCCAAAGACCUCUUGUUUUCUUGGAUGGCUGUGAAAGUGUGCACAAAAUGAAGAAAUUUAAGAAUAAUAUUAUUGUGUGCAAGGACAAUCUAAGUAUCAGUGAUCAAGUUGAAAAAGCUGAGUCUGCAAAAGUUUCAGGAGCCGUUUUCGUUACUAAUAUAUCUCUUUCAGAAUACUACACUCGAAGUUCGUUUCCAGCAGCAUUUAUCGGUCUACAAGCUGGGCAGAAGGUAGUAGAAUACAUACAGAAGAGAAAUAAUCCAAAAGGAAGUUUGCAAUUUCGGAAGACAAUUAUUGGCACUAAGGCAGCACCAAAGGUGGGUGGUUAUAGCUCCAGAGGGCCAUUUCCAAGCUGUCAGCAUGUCCUAAAGCCAGACAUUCUGGCUCCUGGCUCAUUAGUCCUAGCAUCAUGGUCUCCAAUUAGCUCAGUAGCUCAGGUUCAAUCACAUCCAUUGUUUAGCAAAUUCAAUCUCUUAUCAGGCACUUCAAUGGCAGCCCCUCAUGUUGCGGGUGUGGCUGCACUUAUUAAAAAAGCACACCCAGAUUGGAGCCCGGCAGCCAUUAGAUCUGCCCUUAUGACCACAGCAAAUCCACUAGAUAACACUCAUAACCCUAUUAAAGAUGUUGCAAAUUUUAAUUUGGCAGCCACCCCUUUAGACAUAGGAGCUGGCCACAUGGAUCCCAACAAAUCACUUGAUCCAGGGCUCAUCUAUGAUGCCACAGCCGAGGACUACAUAAAGCUUCUUUGUGCAAUGAACUACACAAAGAAACAAAUACAAAUCAUCACAAGAUCCACUCAAAAUUGUUUAAACAAGUCCUUGGAUCUUAAUUAUCCAUCUUUUAUUGCUUACUCAGGUUCAGAUGGGAAAUUUGUGCACGAAUUUCGAAGGACUUUGACUAAUGUUGGAGAGGCCAUUUCGAGUUAUACUGCAAAAGUGACACCCAUGAAUGGAAUAAAGGUCAAUGUGGAGCCAGAGAAAUUGAUUUUCAAUAAGGAGCAUGAGAAGCUGAGCUUCAAACUUACUUUGGAGGGUCCAAAAUUAUUGGAAGAUGUAGUGGUCCACGGGUCAUUAAGCUGGAUGCAUGAUGGAGGUAAAUAUGUUGUUAGGAGUCCUAUAGUGGCCACAAGCCUCGUCCCAGAAUCUCCUUGAAGGGAAUGACUAUUAACAAUCUAUUUUCCGGCCUGUCAUCAUUGUAUUGAGAAGCGAACUGAUAUGCAAAUGUAAGUUCCUAUCUAUCCUUGAGUAUAUAUAUGAGGUGUAUGCAUAAUGAAGUGUAACAACAAAGAGAUUGUGCUUUGUGAAGUGGAAUUUAGAUUGUUGAUUGAGGAGGGUGUUUGAUUAUUUUUUAUAGUAAAUGUGUUUUGAAGAGUAAGCAAGUUGCUGAACUGCUUAAA